CUUUCUUGGAUGCGGGAGGGGGCUGGCCAGCCCAGCCCCAGGAAGGCCUGCCCUCUGGAAACCUUCCUUUCUCCCUGCAGGCUCUAAGAAACCCCAGCUCUCAGCGCCGCCGGGGCCAGCCGUCUGCCAGUGGCUUAUGGGAAGUACGGUCUAGCCCCGCUCGACUAAGAUGCUUCUAGCUUCUCCCUCCACCCUGUCCAGGGGACGGACCCCCAGCGCCGUGGAGAGGCUGGAAGCAGACAAAGCCAAGUAUGUCAAGACCCAUCAAGUGAUAGCGCGGCGCCAGGAGCCAGCCCUGCGGGGCACACCUGGUCCCCUCACCCCGCAUCCCUGCAAUGAGCUGGGAUCCUCCGCAUCACCCAGGAUGCCCAGACCCGUUCGGCGGGGCAGCGGCCGGAGGCUGCCAAGGCCUGACUCUCUCAUCUUCUACCGCCAGAAGCGAGACUGCAAGACGUCGGUAAACAAAGAGAACGCCAAGGGCCAGGGACUCGUGCGACGCCUUUUCCUGGGCGCCUCCCCAGGCGCCACCGCCAGCAGCCCGGCCUCGGCAGAGCGCCCCGCGGUCCCUGGGGGCUGGGCUGCGCCCCGCGACGCCCCGGAAGCGACGGCGAAGCGGGCGCUGUGCCCCACGUGCUCGCUGCCGCUGUCGGAGAAGGAGCGCUUCUUUAACUACUGCGGCCUGGAGCGCGCGCUGGUGGAGGUGCUGGGCGCCGAGCGCUUCUCCCCCCAGAGCUGGGCCGCCGACGCCAGCUCCCAGGUGUCGGUGGUGGAGCGCAACGCGCGCGUCAUCCAGUGGCUGUACGGCUGCCUGCGCGCCAGGGACCCACCGCGCGAGUCCGAGGUCUGA